AUGCCUGAACUUGACGACAAGGCAGUUGGCCAUGUGGCUGAAAGAGUCGAGUCGACAACAACGGGCCACGGCGCGACUGACGGCACCAAUGCUGCUAUCCACAACGAACACAAGAUGACAAUUCGCCAGAGUCUGCGGUUCUGGUGGAAAGCCAUUGUGUUCUCCUUUGUCAUCUCGCUCGCUGUGGUCAUGGAAGGCUACGACACUUCCUUGAUGAACAAGUUCUUCGCCUUUGAGCCGUUCAAGAACCGUUUCGGCGACGAGACCAACCCUGAGGGUGGGAGAGUUGUCUCAUCUCGAUGGCAGACCAUCAUCCUGAAUGGAACCCAGGUUGGUUGUAUCCUCGGUUUGAUCAUCAACGGCUACAUCACCGAAUGGAUCGGCUACAAGAAAACAAUGGUCGUCAGCAUGGUUGUUAUGACUGGUGCCAUCUUCAUACCCUUCUUCUCGACCAGCCUCGAAAUGUUCCUCGUUGGCGGCAUCAUCCAAGGACUACCCUGGGGAGUCUUCCAGACACUUGCGAUCAGCUACGCAGCUGAUCUCUGCCCUACCCACCUUCGAGGGUACAUGACUUCGUGGAUAAACAUGUGCUGGGUCAUUGGAGGUCUCUUCUCGACCGGUGUGCUCACUGGCCUGAUGAAAAACACCAGUCAGUGGGGCUACAGGAUUCCUUUCGCACUGCAAUGGAUUUGGCCUAUCCCUAUUAUACUCGCCACUCUGCUAGCGCCCGAGUCGCCGUGGUGGUUGGUCCGUCAGGGACGUGUCGAGGAAGCCCGUGCUGCCAUUAGCAAGCUCACUGCACCACACGAGGGCAUAGAGUUCGAUUUGGACGCUCACGUGGAGAUGAUGGUCGCCACUGACCGGUUCGAGAAGGAGGUAUCAGCUGGAAGCAACUACUGGCACCUUUUCCGUGGUAGUGACUUGCACCGCACCGAGGUCUCUGCUAUGGCCUUCAUCACUCAGGCCCUCUGCGGUGUUCCUUUUAUGGGGUUCGGAACUCAGUUCCUGCAGGGCGUUGGGCUUAGCCAGGACGACUCUUUCCACCUCACUAUCGGCCAAGAUUGUCUGGGACUGGUCGGCUGCUUCAUCGCAUGGUGGAUCAUGACCAAGUUUGGCCGCCGCAAGAUGUACUUGACUGGUCUGUCGGCCAUCUCCCUCAUCCUUCUCAUUGUUGGAUUUAUUGGCCUUGCUCCCAAGUCCAAUAAGAGUGCAAGCCUAGCAGGAGGUAUCUUGAUCAUCUUGAUGAUAUUCUGCUUCCAGUUGUCCAUUGGGCCCAUUUGCUACACGCUGGCCGCAGAAAUCCCCAGCUCGCGCCUUCGUGUCAAGACGGUCGCUCUCUCUCGUGCCAGCUACAACAGUAUCGUGUUCGUCACAAACACAAUCAUGCCAAAGAUGGUGGGUGUGAAUGAUUGGAACUGGGGCGCCAAGGGCGGGUUCUUCUGGGCUGGCAUCGCCGUGCUGUUCAUCAUCUGGGGCUACUUCCGUCUUCCCGAGUCCAAGGGACUGACGUACUCUGAGCUGGACCUGCUGUUUGAGCACAAGGUGUCAUCGCGCAAGUUCAAUCGAGAGAAUGCCGAGGCCUUGAAGCCGGUGCUGGUGGGCAUUGUCAUGCAGCACGAGAAGCAAGCUGAUGUUGAGCGUGUCGAGUCGCAUGCUUGA